AUGUCUCGUCUGAUUGUGAAAAACCUACCGGCCUACCUCACACAAGAGCGGCUCCGCAAAUAUUUCGAAUCCUCCGAUGGUCCUGGGGGAACCCUUACAGAUGUGAAACUCAUGCUGAAGCGCGACGGGACGUCGCGUUGCUUCGGGUUCAUCGGCUAUAAGUCUUCGCAAGAGGCGGAGCGUGCACAGAAGUGGUUUAACAGGACGUUCGUCGAUUCAUCCAGGAUAAUGGUCGACAUUGUUGAGGGUGCCAAGAACGCACCUGCACCACGCCCGAACAAGCGUCCUCGGCUCGGUCCUUCACCGGGAGAGGUGGAUGAGCCGAAGGUCGCGAAGAAAUCCUCUUCGAAGGACAAGUCGCAGGGUGCUGGUGACGCACUAGCAACUGAGUUCCUUCAGGUCAUGCAGCCUCGCUCGCAGAAGGGACCGUCGUGGAAGGACGAGGAACCUGCUCAGGAGCCGGUCGCUUCUUCUUCGACGUCCGCUAACUCCGCAGACAAGCCUCUGAAGAAGAGCAAGAAGUCCAAGACCCAGCCCGAUCAUGUAGAUGGCGUGACCGAGGACCAGGAACCCGUUACAGCGACAGAGCCCGUGUCCGACCUGGACUGGCUGAAAAGGCAUACGAAGACGGCUGUUGCCGACGUCGAGGCGAACGAGAAGGCGUUCGAGCAGUCCGACGACGAGCCUAUGCAAGACGCUGAUAGUGACGAUGAGGAGCAGGAGCCUCACUUGGACCCCAUACAUGCGAGCAUCUUGCAAACAUCGCGACUCUUCAUUCGAAAUCUGCCGUUCACGUGUACCGAGGAUGAGCUUAGAGAGCUCUUCCAGCGUUACGGAGAUGUAUCUCAGGCUCACCUCAUACUGGACCCCGCAACAAAGCAGUCGAAGGGCCUCGCGUAUAUAUCAUAUGCGAAUCCUGACUCUGCGCUGGGGGCCUACGAAGCCUUGGACAAGACGUCUUUCCAGGGUCGUUUGCUUCAUAUCCUCCCUGCUGUGGACCGUAGGGGUAAAGAGGCAGACGCUGAGGGUGAGGGGAAGAAGAAGACGCUGAAGCAGGACCGGGAAGGGAAGCGUAAGGCGAUGGCAGGGAAGGAGUUCAAUUGGGCUAUGUUGUAUAUGAAUAGCGACGCGGUGGUUUCCUCGGUCGCUGACCGCAUGAACGUCUCGAAAGCCGACAUUCUUAACCCAGAAUCCGACAACGCUGCUGUCAAGCUCGCGCUAGCCGAGACGCACGUAAUCCAAGAGACGAAGACGUUCCUCGAGCAGCACGGCGUCGAUCUCGCGGCGCUGGACACGACUGGUUCAAAACGGCCGGCGCGUUCAGACCGCAUCAUCCUCGUCAAGAACAUCCCGUACGGCACGUCUGCGGCUGACGUGCGUGCGUUGUUCGAGCCACACGGGGAGCUCCGGCGUGUCCUCGUCCCUCCCGCCGGCACGCUCGCCGUCGUCGAGUUCACCCAUGCGGACGACGGACGCAAGGCGUUCCGCGCAGUCGCAUACCGGCGACUGGGCAACUCGGUCGUCUACCUGGAGAAGGGCCCCGACGGCAUGUUCAUCACCGACGAACCCAUGACCGACGCCGCAGAGCCCAUCACCGCAACAGGUUCCGCCCCCAUCGCGGCGCCAGACGCGGCAGUGGCGGAGGCGAAGGCGGGCGCGGACGAGCCGGCACUGAGCGCGGGCACGACGCUGUUCGUGAAGAACCUCGCAUUCAGCACGACCGCGGAGAAGCUCGUGGCAGUCAUGCAGCACCUGCCGGAGUACGCGUUUGCGCGCGUGCAGACGAAGCCAGAUCCUGCGCGCCCGGGCGCACGGCUCAGCAUGGGGUACGGGUUCGUCGGGUUCCACACGACGGACGGCGCGAAGCGCGGCCUGAAGAGCAUCGACGGGAUGGUCCUCGACGGGCACAAGCUCUCCGCGAAAUGGGCCGGGCGCGGCGCGGAGGAGGCGGACGGCGCGGCGGACAAGGAGACGGUCAAGGCGCGCACGACGAAGAUGAUCGUAAAGAACGUCCCGUUCGAGGCGACGAAGAAGGAUAUCCGCGAAUUGUUUGGUGCGCAUGCGCAGCUCAAGUCCGUACGUGUGCCUCGCAAGUUCGACCACCGCACGCGCGGUUUCGCGUUUCUCGAGUUCACGACGCGGCACGAGGCGGAGCGCGCAUACGCCACGCUCCGGCACACGCAUUUCCUCGGACGCCAUCUGGUGCUCGAGUGGGCCGAGGAGGGCGAAGUGGACGUGGACAAGUUGCGCGAGAAGGCUGGAGUCGCAUUCGGUGGAGGCGCGGAGAUGCCUGGGCGGAAGCGGAAGCUGGAUAUGGGCGGCGAUGGGGACGACGAGGGCGAGGUCGAUAUGUGA